GGCAGUCAGUAGCUGUGCGGCCGGUGCCCUGAUCGCACCAAACGAGCCUCGUCUUAUUUGUCCCAGUUUUCUUAUCCGCGUGUGCCCUUUACAAAAAGUGUAUGCCCUCUGUAACAUGCUGUUCCACCUUCUACUAGGACUGACCACCGUUGCCAUUGGAGAAUGUCGACCAAAAGAUCGAGGUGUGUACUACGGCCGUCUUAUCGGUACAUUCCAGGAGUACGCCCACGGGAUAAGAGGUACGGCGUACGCAGUUGACGACUCUACGAUAUUCGUCAAGGGGUUCUCUUACGACGGAACCGGCCCAGAUGCUUUCUUCUGGGUAGGUAGCACACCUCGACCAUCUCCAGAAGGAUAUAUUAUCCCUUAUCCCGAAGAUUAUGUAGGAAGGGAUCCGCCUGUACUGAGGGCAUACAACAAGACAGAUGUAAUAUUAAGGCUGCCGCAGGGUAAAAAACUGAAGGACAUAAAGUGGCUCUCAGUGUGGUGCAGGAGGUUCACGGUGAACUUCGGCGAAGUGUUCAUACCACCGAACUUAGUCGCUCCGAAGACGAGAGUGCUCCCGGAGUUCAAGAGGCUGGCUCAUCGACUGCAAUCGGGCAAUAUCACGAUCCUCGACGCCAAGACUUUCUACAUCCCGAAUCUGCACUACGACGGUGCAGGUCCAGACGCCUAUUUCUGGGUGGGAAACGGUCCUGAGCCUCACGACACCGGCACUAAAGUGCCCAGUGAAAAACGAACAAUCGAACCUCUGUCCGGCUAUUACGGUAACGACAUAGAAAUAGUGCUUCCCGGAAAUCUGACCGUCUACGACAUAGACUGGCUCGCCGUCUGGUGUGUACAGUACAAACACAACUUCGGCCAUGUAUACAUUCCAAAGGACCUGGACGUCCCACCGGCUCUGGGACAGACGAAAAUAACUCCAGCUUGGUGGUAUUCCCCGACGACGAGCGUCAGCCCGGAGGACGAGGUGUUCUCCAACUGCCGUGAGUUGCUCGACGAGAGGAUGCAAGUCGAAUGGUCCAUCGAAGGAGAAUGGGUUCAGAUCACACUUUCAGCCAAGAUCAGGGAAGAUCAGUACAUGGCAUUCGGCAUUUCCGGCGAACAGGGGAGGUCUACCAUGGUUGGAGGAGAUGUAGUAGUUGCCUACUACAAUAAGGAAAAAGAUUCAUUCCACGCUGUCGAUUACUACAUGUCAGCCACAGCUCAAUGUGAUGGUCAUAAUGGUGUGUGCCCAGAUUAUAGAAUAGGAGGCAGGGAUGAUGUGGAGUUGAUAAAAGGAGAGCGAAGGCAUGGCAUCACAACUGUUAUUUACAGAAGAGCACUACACACCAACGAACCGAUAAAUGAUAGACCGAUUCCAAGAACUGGGGAAACUUCAGUCAUAGCAGCCAUCGGACCUCUCAAUUCCAACCAUGAAGCAUACGCUCAUGCAGUUAAUGAUAAGACUAACGAUGAUAUCAGGAUAGAUUUUGGGUCAAAGCAAGAUGGUCAGUGUACAAAUUCUUUGUAUCACCUUCCUGAAGAUGAGGAAAUUCAACCAUGGCCUCCUGCUGUUAUUAGAGAUGAGACUGUAUUCUCUGUGAGAAUCGGUCCUACAGGAGGAAAAAGAGGAUACACACCAAUCACAGGUCAACCUUCUUGGGGUAUAGCAUGGUACAUCAACGAUCUUCUUAUACCCGAAAUUUAUGUCAUCCGGGGUAAGACCUACACUUUUGUUGUUGAGGGUGGUAAUGACCCAACACAGCCUGCAAGGUACCAUCCGUUUUAUAUCACCGACAGCCCAGAAGGAGGCUUCGGUCAAAAGUCAGAUAUUAAACAAAGACAGCAGAGGGUAUUUGCAGGUGUUAGCUAUGACUCUGAAGGCUUCCCAUAUCCCACAGCUUCCGGGAGGUACUGCGAAUGGCAGCAUAAAACCGUGGAUAAGUCGGAAACAACAGAAACGUUUAAAGAAUACUUAGAAACGCUGAGGCUUGAAUGUGUUCCUGGAGAGCCAGCCUACCUGAACUGGACAGUACCAAUGGAAACACCAGACAUACUCUAUUACCAGUGUUAUACUCAUAACAACUUAGGCUGGAAGAUUCAUGUGACGAAUCGCACUUCAGCAUCUAAAGCCCCCAGCUUAGUCACUGACCUUUCGAUUGCUAUGUUCCUUUUAGUCACAAAUUACAUGAUGACUAGGUGAACAAAACAUUGAACUAUUCUGAUUUGUAAGUGGUGGCGAUGGGCAAAUUUUUGUCAUUGAGAUUCUGAGUGUUUUACAUAAAUACCUUUUUUCCUUCUCUUUUUCCUUAUCAUUCUUGAAAUAGAUGAAAAUUUGAACUAAAAAGUGAUGUUCAACACUCAUAAUGCAUGAUGUUCGCCCAGGCCUCAUUUACUGGUUUGUUCUCCCUGCAAAGCAUGUCAGGUUUCUGUGUCUUCAUAAGAAACUAUAAAAAAAAUCAAAAUUUAUCUUUAAAAUUGUUCUGUGAUUUUGACAAUACUCAAUUAAAAACGAUUGAAACUAAGACAAUAAUUUAUAAAUGUAAAUAUUUUUAGGUGACAUUUUACAAAUAAAUG